AUGGAUGUGGUGGAUGGUAUGUCACAGCGGGACAGGAUGGAUGACUGCCUGAACGACUGGAAUGACUCUGGCCUGAGCUCCUGGGUGCCUUGUAAGACAGGGGAUGAUGCUCCAGAAAGAAUUUACUGGCUUAUCUAUGAUACCUGUCGUAGAAACCUCGACAUUGAGCAUCUAACCUACACUAACCUUAACCACCUUAUUAGCCAGAUUGUGUCUUUCAUCACUGCUUCCCUCAGAUUUGAUGGACCCCUGAAUGUUGACCUGACAGAAUUCCAGACCAAUCUGUUACCCUAUCCUCGAAUCCAUUUCCCUCUGGCCACAUAUGCCCCUGUCAUCUCUGCUGAGAAAGCCUACCUUGAGCAGCUUAUGGUAGCAGAGAUUACCAAUGCUUGCUUUGAGUCAGCCAAUCAGAUGGUGAAAUGUGACCCUCACCGCUGCCUGCUGCUGUACCAUGGGGAUGCGGUUCCCAAAGAUGCCAAUGCUGCCAUUGCCACCAUCAAGACCAAGCAUACCAUCCAGUUUGUGGACUGGUGCCCCACUGGCUUCAAGGUUGGCAUUAAUCAGCCUCCCACUGUGGUACCUGGUGGAGAUCUAGCCAAGGUCCAGAGAGCUGUGUGCAUGCUGAGCAACACAACCAUCACUGAGGCCUGGGCUCACCUAGAUCACAAGUUUGAUCUGAUGUAUGCUAAGUGUGCCUUUGUGCACUGGUAUGUGUGUGAGGGCAUGGAAGUGGGGGAGUUUUCUGAAGCCUGUGAAGACAUGGCUGCCCUAGAGAAGGAUUAUGAGGAGGUUGGAGCAGACAGUGCUGAAGGAGAUGAUGAGGGUGAAGAAUAUUAG